CUUUUCCUAGUUUCCAAUCGAAAAACCAACGAUCCAUUCGCGAAAAUAAGCAAAGGCCACAGUUUUUGAAGUUCAGGAGAGACUCAGUUUCUCUCCUAAUCUCAUACCCAUGGCGCUUCCAAGAACGAAACUUCUUUUUCUCUUAUGUGCUUUGUCUUACGCGAUCGUCGUAUUUGCAGGGAAGAAUUAUUAUGAGAUAUUGCAAGUGCCGAAAGGAGCUUCUGAUGAGCAGAUCAAAAGGGCGUAUCGGAAGUUGGCAUUGAAGUAUCAUCCCGAUAAGAACCCUGGUAAUGAAGAGGCCAACAAGAAAUUUGCUGAUAUUAGCAAUGCUUAUGAGGUGUUAUCGGACAGCGAAAAGAGGGGCAUAUAUGAUAGGUACGGAGAGGAGGGACUGAAGCAGCAUGCUGCCAGCGGUGGCAGAGGAGGAAUGGGGGUCAAUAUCCAGGACAUUUUCAGCUCUUUUUUUGGUGGAGGCCAUGCUGAAGAGGAAGAGAAAAUCUUGAAGGGUGAUGAUGUUAUUGUCGAAUUGGAUGCAACACUGGAGGAUUUGUAUAUGGGAGGUACUCUUAAGGUUUGGAGGGAGAAAAAUAUCUUGAAGCCAGCUCCCGGUAAACGACGGUGUAACUGCAGAAAUGAGGUCCAUCAUAGGCAAAUUGGUCCAGGGAUGUUCCAACAGAUGACCGAACAGGUUUGCGAGGAAUGCCAAAAUGUCAAAUAUGAACGAGAGGGGUAUAUUGUCACUGUUGAUAUUGAGAAAGGAAUGCAAGAUGGACAUGAGCUUGUUUUUUAUGAUGACGGCGAGCCUAUAAUAGAUGGAGAACCUGGGGAUUUGAAGUUCCGCAUUCACACAGCACCCCAUGACCGAUUUAGGAGGGAAGGCAAUAACUUGCACACCACUGUCACCAUAACACUAGUUCAAGCUCUUGUUGGUUUUGAGAAGACCAUUAAACACCUUGAUGACCAUUUAGUGGACAUUGGAUCUAAGGGAAUUACUAAGCCGAAAGAGGUGAGAAAGUUCAAAGGAGAAGGGAUGCCAUUGCAUUUUAGCAACAAGAAAGGAGACCUCUAUGUCACUUUUGAGGUCUUGUUUCCCUCGAUGCUGACGGCGGACCAGAAGGCCGAAAUCAAGGCGGUUCUCGGCUAG